AUCUCUGCACGGACUGGAGGCAGCCGCUGCGUGCUGAAUCUGCUGCUUCAAGUCGAUGAGGCUUCGGACACAACCUGUCGCUGAAACACUGUCGGGACUAUUUUUUGUGAACGGCUUCGUGUCCGUAUAAUGUCGCCGCUGAGGAUGCGCAGCUGAAUGUGAAUACUGUGGAUCCAGCUGGUAGUUAGAGAGAGGAGGUGAACGCACCUUGCAUCCAGCCAUGGGAGGUCAGAUCACCAGGAAUACCUUCUACGAUUCUCUGAACGGACCGUUUCCUGCCACAUCUCAGCGAUGCCACCACAAGCCCAAGCGCUGCCUGCCCAUCCAGCCGUGUAGAAGUUUGUCCUCCUUCCCUCUGCUCUUCCACCCCAGCACCAAGGGCUCGCAGAUUGUCAUGGACAUAUCCCAGAGGACUGUCAAGAGGCAGGCCAGCUUUUGUAACGCCAUCACCUUUAGCAACAGACCAACCGCUGUGUAUGAGCAAGUACGGCUGAAGAUCACUAAAAAGCAGUGCUGCUGGAGCGGUGCUUUGCGUCUUGGUUUUACAUCCAAAGACCCAUCGAGGAUCAACCCAGACACCUUGCCGAAAUACGCCUGCCCUGACCUGGUCUCCCAGAGUGGCUUCUGGGCAAAAGCCCUGCCAGAGGAGCUCUCCAAUGAGGGAAACGUCAUCUCCUUCUGGGUGGACAAGAAGGGCCGGGUGUUUUACCGCAUCAACGACUCCAGCCCAAUGCUGUUCUUCAGCGGGGUACAUGUCUCUGAGCCUGUGUGGGCUCUCAUAGACGUAUACGGCCUCACCAGGGGGAUCCAGCUACUAGACAGCGAGAUGGUCCCCAUGGACUGCCUGCGUCCUCGUUCUUUUACUGCCGCCCACCGGGCCUCUAUUCAGCGAAACAGUGACGACCCUCGCCUUUCCAUCAGCCUGUGUGACCUGAGCCUGCAGCAGCAGGAGACACAUCUGGAGGAAGAUGAUGAGGAACAGGAACGACUACAACGCUUAAGCUCCGCCUCCUGCCAUGUGCCCCAAAACUCUCAAAACUCGCAGCAGUGCUCGCUGCUGCCCAGCCAUUUGGACACCGAUCUGCACUUCCACUCGGUGCACGGCGUCCAUGUUACCGUGCUGGAUAAGCACACAGUGGCGCGGUUGGAUCACCGUGGUGACGAGAGGACCCUGGUGUUCACCAGUCGGCCGAUGCGCUGCUCAGAGACUGUGUUUGUGAAGGUGAAGGCAGGUGUCACACGGCCCGGGUCUCUCUCUUAUGGUGUGACUUCAUGUGACCCGGCCACCCUAAAGCCCAGUGACCUCCCGUCCAACCCAGAGUCGCUGGUUGACCGCAAGGAAUUCUGGGCCGUGUGUCGGGUGGCAGUGCCACUCCACAGUGGAGAUAUCUUGGGCUUUGUGGUGAACGCAGAAGGGGAGGUCAUGAUGAGCCAUAACGGCAUCAGUGCAGGGAUGCAGCUGUGUGUCGAUAACUCCAGACCACUCUGGAUGUUCUACAAUCUGCAUGGCGCCAUUACACAACUCAGGAUUUUAGGCUCAUCUCCACACCCAGACCUUCGAGGCCCGUCGGUCCCUAGCUCCCCAUCCUGUACACCCAACACUCCCACAACGCUUUGCAGCGGCAACUCCGAGCCCAACCUCAACACACCAUUGAACAUCAACCUCAAUUCAAGCCUCAACUCCAGCUACUACACAGUCUUUUCCUCCUCCACAGGUACAACCCCGAGCUCUCCGUUCUCCAGCCACCCAGAGUCCCCUACCUUCCCAUCCUGCUCUGGCUCGUGGAGCGAUGAAUGCACCAUUUGCUACGAGAAUGUGGUGGACACAGUCCUCUACGCCUGCGGACACAUGUGUCUCUGCUACACCUGUGGCCUCAAACUCAAGAAGAUGGCCAACGCAUGCUGCCCCAUCUGCAGAAGGACAAUCAAAGAUAUCAUCAAGACCUACCGGAGCACGUAGGCUUGUGUUAGACAAUGUGUUGCAUCGUCAGGUUAAGCUCAAGAGGUUGUCAAAGCCAUGUAAAACUAUGUAAAGGUGGAUGCAGCACAAGUAAAAGCCCUGCAUGUUUGUGUGUGCAAUCUGGCUCAGGUACUCCACAGCAGGACUUUAAACUCCAUCAUUAAAACAUUUUAUCUAUGGCUAAUGCACAUCCUUGGAAAGCUCACAGUUCCUACCUGUGGCAUCUCAGUAAGGACCCAGCAAUGAGAUUCAUCAUACAGUGUGAUCAACAGAAACAACAUAUGUGCUACUGCAGGAACUGCUAUUGACCUACUAUUGUCCAGUGACAGUGAUUUGUGCAUCUGUUGAAAAGAAAGAGUAAUCUGAAGAGGCAUCUGUCCUACUUGCUGCAGAGUAACCCUUCAUUCUACUGGUGAUAGCAUUGCUGCUAGCUAGUUUUACGAGAAUUGGACGAAAUUGUCCAGAGCAGCGGAAGAAACUAGGAGAAUAAGUAUGUGGUUUCACCAGCUGCUUCUGCACUGCCAGUCAGUCAAGUGUGCAUUGGGUUGUUCUAGAGUAAGAAUCAAUUCUAUACUAAAUCUUGGAGAAAAUAAAAGAUUUAUUUGACGUUUUCUGAAUGCUCCCAGAGGCCAGUGAGGAAUGAGUAAAAAGAAAAAGCGUUUUUGCGGUGAAAACAUUGCAGUACAUCUAAAAUAAGCCAUUUUUAAAAAUGCAUAGAAUAUACCUCUCCUGCAAAAAUUUCAAUCCAGCACAAUGAAAUGCCUAAACCUAAAGGGCAAAGAAUAAAUAAAUAGAGUGUUUUGUCUGAUAUCUCACUACCUGCUGUGGUUCUGUGAAUUUCAGGCAGGGCGAGAUUGUGCAAAGGGUAAAAAAGUGUGAAUAUUGUCACCAUAGAAGGUCACGCUCGCAGUGAAUGAGGAUGUAAAUCAGUGAAAAGGGAGCGGGGGAGGAGGUAGUAGAAAGGAUGUUGUAUGUUUGGGACGAAGACAGUAGGGAUAGGUACCUUUUGCUGUGUGUCUGCACAUUGUUUCAGUGCAAAGAAAGUGUUUGCUCACUAAGGCACAUCCCAUACAUCAGACGUUUGUAUGAAAGCCUGUAAAAUGCGGGACUUGCAUGUCCUUCUUCUUGGCGGCCUCAGUAAGCCAACUGGAUGCUGUGAUUGGACAAAAGUCAUCCAAAACAACAUUGGUGGGCAGUGAAGUAUUUUUAAAAUGCUGAACAAGCACAUAAUGAUGACAUAUCAACCUCUUUAUCAUUGCAAGAAACCCAUUGAAAUCACACUGUAAGUCACAGAUGGCUUUGCUUACUUCAGGUUACCCACUUCUCUUUCAUAUGUACAUUAAAAUAAAACAUGAAUAUUUGCUUUAAGUGAUGACGUAUUUUAGCACACUAUGUCUUCAAGUGGAAAGAAAAAAAAAUCACAGUGUGAGUGCAGUGACAAGGAUGUAGCUUGUUAUUGUGGGACUUAAAUUUGCAUAUCAGUCGGGCGCCCAGAUAGCUCAGUUGGUAGAGCAGCACCCAUAUAUAGAGGUUUACUCC